GCCACUGCAUUGUGAAUUUGAGGAGUCGACAAAUCAACCUGCUGAAGCUCGAUGAGAAAAAGACAAAUUCUGGUUUGGCUUAUUCUGAAGCACAUCUGUUUGCAAAAAAGGAAAGAAAUACUACAGACGUUCAAGGUGAAAUGGCACAGAGGCGAAAUCAGAAAGAGUCAGCUAAAUACUCUUGUUCCAUCUGUUUGGAUCUACUGAAGGAUCCGGUGACUCUUCCCUGUGGACACAGUUACUGUAUGAACUGCAUUAAUGACCACUGGGAUGGAGAAGAUCAGAGGAGAAUCCACAGCUGCCCUCAGUGCAGGAAAGAGUUCAUACCGAGGCCCAACCUGGAGAAAAACAUCAUGUUAGCUGAUUUGGUGGAAGAUUUGAAGAAGACUGGACUCCAAGCUGACCACUGCUAUGCUGGACCUAAAGAUGUGGCCUGUGAUUUUUGCAGUGGAAGGAAGAGGAAAGCUGUCAAGUCCUGUCUAGUUUGUUUGGUGUCUUACUCCCAAAAGCACCUUCAACCUCACUAUGAAUCACCUACGUUUAAAAAACAUCAUCUGGUUGAAGCAUCUACUGAACUUCAGCAGAGGAUCUGCUCUCGUCAUGAUGAGGUGAUGAAGAUCUUCUGUCGUACUGAUCAGCUGUGUAUCUGUUAUCUCUGCACUAUGGAUGAACAUAAAGGCCAUGAAACAGUCCCAGCUGCAGCAGAAAUGGCUGAGAAGCAGAAGAAGCUCCAGGAGAGUCGACAACAAAUCCAUCAGAGAAUCCAGGACCAAGAGAAAGAUGUGAAGCUGCUUCAACAGGAGGUGGAGGCCAUCAAUGUCUCUGCUGAUAAAGCAGUGGAGGACAGUGAGAAGAUCUUCACUGAGAUGAUCCGUCUAAUCCAGGAAAGAAGCUCUAAAGUGAAGCAGCAGAUCAGAUCCCAGCAGGAAACUGAAGUGAGUCGAGUCAAAGAUGUUCAGGAGAAGCUGCAGCAGGAGAUCACUGAGCUGAAGAGGAAAGACGCUGAGCUGGAGCAGCUCUCACACACAGAGGAUCACAUCCAGUUUCUCCUCAACUACCCCUCACUGCCAGCACUCAGUGAGUCUACAGGAUCAUCCAGCAUCAAGAUCCGUCCUCUGAGACACUUUGAGGACGUGACAGCAGCUGUGUCAGAGCUCAGAGACAUCGUACAGGACAUCCUAAGAGACCCAUGGACAAACAUCUCAUUGGCAAAAACUACAGUAAAGGUUUUGCUGUCAGAACCAGAACCAAAGACCAGAGCUGGAUUCUUAAAAUAUUCACAAAAAGUCACUCUGGAUCCAAACACAGCACACAGGAAGCUGUUUUUAUCAGACGGAAAUAGGAAAGUAACAUCAAAACUUUCCUCAACUUCUGUAUUACGGUAUCAUUUCAGUGAUCCAAGCAGAUUCACUGAUUAUAAUCAGGUUCUGAGUAAAGAGGGUCUGACUGGACGUAGUUACUGGGGUGGAGUGGAGAGGAGGAAGAGUUGCUGUAGCAGUUUCAUACAAGAACAUAAGCACAGAAGGAAGAGUCCAGACCAGAUUCACUCAGCCGCUACAUGCUGGGGUCCGACUAUUUGAUGAGGCAGAUUUUGUUGAGUUCAUUAAAGUCAAAUAGAGUCAGAACAGCAUAAAUGAACCAGUGAGAUAUUCACACCUAGGGGCAAUGGGAAGAAGCCAGAGUACCCAGAGACAACCCAUCCACCAGGGACAACAUCCAAACUCCAUGCAGAAAGACCCCGGGACGGGAAUUGUACCCAGGGCCUUCUUGCUGUAAGGCAACAAUGCUACGAACCAUCGCACUGUGCAGCACACGUGAUAAGACUAAACACAAAAGAAAAUAUUCAAAGUUGAACUGGGCGAAGAUUUUAGCAAGUCAAGACGCAUAACUCUGAGGGAAAGCUCAUUGAUGCAAGAGUAAUAGAGAGAAAACUGGUUUAACACGUUCUAAUUAUAUAACUUCUUUCUCAAUGCAACUUUUAAGAAAAUUAGUCAUCAUAUCCCCACAUAUCAAAGUGGUUCUAAAUAAUGAAAUGCAUUUUACUG